UUCUGCCGUACCCGCCGUGCCUUGGCUCCACGUCUGCGGCACAUGUGGAUGUUAUCAGCCAGCGCUCUGGGGUUACUGUGAUACCGGCCUAAUAAGGGCUGCAUGCAUUCCGCCACUAGGGGGCGCUGUAUUAAUGUAAAGAGCGCUCUGUACUCUGCAGGCUCCAUCCUCAUAGAGUUCUAUUGCCUGCAUAUAUACAGUGUGAGCAGACGCGGGGACUGCAGAGGAUUCCGAGGCGGAAGAGCCAUGCUUAUCCCGGAGCUGAGCAAAGAGACAGUCCGCAUGAAGGACCCAGAAAAAGUCAGACAACUGAUCCUGGCAUUAAAGAAUGGAGGCGAUAAGAAAUUACAGGUGAUCUCUGAUUUUGACAUGACACUGAGCCGGUUCCAAUAUAAUGGACAGAGGAGUCCCACUUGCUAUAAUAUUAUUGACAACAGCAAGAUGAUUAGUGAGGACUGCAGGAAGAAGUUGAAGGAUCUCUUCAAUAUCUACUACCCCCUUGAGAUCGACCCAGAUCGGACCAGUCAAGAAAAGUUCCCGCUCAUGGUGGAAUGGUGGAGUAAAGCUCACACUCUGCUCUGUGCACAGAAGAUUGAGAAGCAGAUGCUGUCACAGGUUGUGAAGGAGUCACAGGCGAGGCUAAGGGAAGGGUUUGAGGCAUUUUUUGACACCUUGCACCUCAGUGAGAUCCCUCUUUUUAUCUUCUCCGCUGGGAUCGGUGAUGUUCUGGAGGAGAUUAUUCGCCAGGCCGGGGUGUAUCACCCCAAUAUAAAGGUGGUCUCUAACUACAUGGAUUUUGAUGAGCAAGGUGUCAUGACCGGAUUUAAGGGUGAAAUAAUUCAUACCUAUAACAAGAAUAACUCUGUCCUGAGAGAUACUGAGUAUUUCCAGCAGAUCAGCCACCGCAGUAAUAUCCUGCUCCUGGGAGAUACUUUGGGCGACCUCACAAUGUCUGAAGGAGUCACAGCUGUGGAGAACAUUCUUAAGAUCGGCUUCCUGAAUGACAAGGUUGAGCAGCUGACAAAUCAGUUUUUACAGUCCUAUGACAUUGUCCUGGUCAGGGACGAAACCCUGGAUGUGGCGAACGGUAUUCUCAACUUCAUUACUGCCAUGAACUGAUCAAUUCCAGCACACUAGAACUCCAUUAAUCCUCAAGCGGGUACGGAUUCCUUCCAUCAUGACAUAGGGAUGUCGUUGACUUCAAUUGUUGUUACCAAGACCCUUCUAAAAUGUGCCGUACUAAGCGGGGGAUGUGGAUGUCACUGUCAUGAAGAUGUACAAGAGGUUUAUCACUUUGGACGUUUAUGUUGUAUCUGAUGUUCUACAUGAGAAGAGGCUGAGUCUGCACCAUUGCGCCACCUUGUGGAUGCUUAGAUAGCAUGUCCUGUACGCAGUGCAUGAGAUUUACAGGAAACUCUGGGGCAGAUUUGCUAAUCCUAUAGAUGGCAUAAAGGUAGGAGGUCUAGACCUGCACUAGAUUUAUUACAUUGCCUCAGUCUAGAUGAUGAGGCUGCUUUCACAUCUGUGCUUUUGCUGUCCAGUUUUGGGAUCUCAAAACCACAGCAAAACCCUUCCAUUAUAAUAAUACAACCCGCUGUAUCUGUUCAGAACGGAUCUGUUGUAUUAUAUUGAAAUUGAAGAAACCGUAUCCGGCACUAAAACCAUUUAAAGUCAAUGAGGUCUGGAUCCGGGUUUUUUUGUGUCAGAAAAAAACCCAGAUCUGGCACCAGUGACUUACAGGUUUUUUAUUGAUGGAUCCGGUUUCUUCGUUUUCCCACGCCGCACACAAAAAUACUGCUUGCAGCGAUUCUGUGUCCGGCGUGGGAACACAACAAAACGGAAUGGAAUGCAUUUUGGUGCACUUCAUUAUGGUUUGUUCAGUUUUGUGCCCAUUGACAAUGAAAGUAGCCUAAAUCUGGUGCAGGGAUUGACGCCUUUCUCUGACGCUAUACCAGCCCUCGGUUGGCUUACUGUGAGACAGAAUUGUGGGACAAUUUUAGAGCAUAAUGUCAUUCGCAAUAUUAGACCACGUCCCACCCCCUUUUCAGGCAAGAUAAAAAAAGGUGUAGGAACCCUAGUGUCAUGCAUACAGCCACUGCCAUUUUGCAGUCCACAAACCACGGAUCCACAAAAAAAACAGGUACUGGCCAUGUGCAUCCCUUACUUUCCUUGGUCCCGAUUUAUAGAACAAGAAUAGGAUGCUCUAUAACUUGCAGAACUGCCGCAUGGAUGAGAUCCGUGUCUGUGUGCUGUCCACGUUUUGCGGCCCCAUAUAAAUGAAUGGAUCCGCCUGUAAUCCUUAAAAAAUGCCGAUGAGCCAUGGACCCAAAAUAUGGUUGUGUGUGAGAGACCUAAUUGUGUCAAUUUGCACUACUUUUUAGACAGAUUUUAGAUGCAGACACAUUAGUAAAUCUGGGCCAAUGCGUUAUAGGGAAGGAACAGACUUCCUUUAUAAAGCCCCUGCCGUACAAUGAUAGGUGUAGUUGUACGCACACAGGAAACCUACACUUAUAGACCAAAGAAACGCAUAGACGGCACAUGGCUUCUAACCUCUUAAGUGAUGUUUUCCCAGCUUGCUGUAUGGCAUCUCCAUUACCCACCAAAGAUUUGGGAACUAUAAACCUACCUCUGUGCCCAUGUGUGAGACCGAGAAUACUGCAAGGCAACCAAUGUAGAGAUGUAGCGGUGCUCAUCUUGAUUUCUAACUGGUUAAAGGGGUUUUCCAAGAUCUUAAUACUGAGGCCCUAUCCUCUUGAUAGGUCAUCAGUAUUUGAGCGAUGUGCUUCUUUUUCACCCAGACGAUAAGGCCCCAUGCACAUGAGCAUAUUUUUGGUCCAGCUAGAACAGCCCCACCGAUGCAGACAGCACAUACAUGAAAUACAUGUGCUGUCUGCAUUUUUUUGCAGCCCCGUAGAAAUAAACGAGUCCGCAUCCUUGGGCCUGUUCCGCAGAUUACAGAACACGUCUUUUUCUUGUCUGUUUUGCAGACAAGAAUAGCCAUUUCUAUAAUGUGAACCAAGGACAGUGUGGGAUGCACACGGCAGGUAUCCAUAUUUUUCAGAUCCGCAGCUUGCGGACUGGGAAAUACAGUUGUGUGCAUGAGGCUUAAAAGGGGUCCUGUGCAAUUCCUUUAAUUCUGCAGGUAUUCUUUAUCACAAGAAGGUAAUCUGAAACAGGACUUCUUUAUCUUUUUCUCCUAGGGCCCCACCAGCCAAAAAAGGACUAUGCCUGGACCUUACCGUUGGCUGUCAUCCAUGCCAACAUGUGUAGUCUGUUAUGAGAUCACUGCACCAUAUGAUUUCUUACUGUCUCGCUAACAACUGGGGGCAUUCUGAAGGUUGUGUUUACAGGUGCUUCACUCAAAGGGGUUUUCCCACUUCAGACAAUAGGGGCAUAUACUGCGCAUGCUCAGCCGCCCCACAUUCAUUUCUGUGAGGUUGCCGAAACUAGCUGAGCUCUGGCUCGGCUAUUUCUUUCAGGCCCAUAGAAGUGAAUGGGAGCAGUGGCCACUCAAGCGUUGUGCGCUCCCAUUCACUUCUAUAGGGAGACCGCUUGGUGGUGGCCGGACCUGGGGUCCUCCAGCAAACACUUUCCCCGCUACGUUCUUGGUAUAAGUGCGGGACCCACACCUAUCGGACAAUGGGGACAUAUCCUAGCAAUUAUACUUCCAUUGUCUCAGAUGGGAAUACCCCUUCAAUAGAUUUUUGGUCAGUGUUACGUCCUUGUAUAGAAGCUGUUCCAUCAUAGGAAAACUUAUCUCAAAAUGUCCUACUUUUCCACUUCUUGUUUUUAGUUAGGUUCUCCAUGCUGGUGGAAGGGGGACCAUCAACCAGCACUAGCAUCUAAAAGCCACCAUGUAUGACUAGCCUUAUACUGAGACCCUUUCACCAGCUGUUCAUAUCAUAGCUCCCACGAUUUGUGUCCAUCCAUCUCUUUAAAUUGAGGCAUAGGCCCAUUUCCCAUCCCCCACAGUAGAAUAAUCCUUUGUUAUCUGGUUUUAAAGUCUAUCAACUAUAUGUCCCAUGUGCAGUGUUAGGGUGUAGGUACAGUCACAUUCUAACACCUCUGUACAUAUUGGACCUCUAACCCCUAUCUUGUUUUCCAAAAUGCAUUGCUUUUAAUAAAACUGAUUACUAUC